UAUUACUUCUAUGCUAAUACCUUUAACAGAGGUCACCGCCAACACACCUGCACACUGCAAACACACACAACCAUAUGGAAAGAUGCAGCCAGAAGACAAAAUCAAAAGACCGGACCGGGCUCCUGGGAGCGAAACCGUCAGACAGACGGUCGACUGGGAGCCAGAAAAUCAAUCGGAGACAUCCCAUAAUAAGAGUCUGCUCUUUGCGGAUCCAAUGAAACCAUGCCGACGGACCCGUGCAGUUGUCAAAGAGUGGCUGCUGAAGCUCAGGUGUUGUUUGGGAGCAGUGUGUGGGAUGGAGUGGUAUGGGUACGCGGCGCUGGGCAUUUUGACUGCCAUCCUCAGCUUCCUCAUGGACCUGAGUGUGACAAAGCUGCUGAGAGCUCACCGCUGGCUUUAUAUGAAUCUGGAGGGCAACACUUUGCUGCAGUUCUUCUGCUGGACCCUUUACCCAGCAUGCCUCUGUGCUGUCGCUUCGUCGUUCUCCCACAACAUUUGUCCCUUCUCUACAGGCUCUGGGAUUCCAGAGGUGAGGACCAUGCUGGCCGGUUUUGAAAUGCCUCAUUACUUGUCGCUCACUAAUAUGUUUACCAAGUUCCUGGGCCUUAUCUGUACGCUGGCAGCCGGCAGCACUGUUUUCCUGGGCAAAGUGGGUCCGUUUGUGCAUCUCUCCACCAUGGUCGGCUCCUACCUGAGCAACCUCUGCUCUCUUAUGCAAGGACACAAGAAGGAAAAAGCUGCAGGAGAAAUGAUGGUUGUAGCUGCUGCUGUCGGGGUAGCCAGCUGCUUCGGAGCUCCCAUCAGCGGUGUUUUGUUCAGUGUGGAGGUGAUGUGCUCUCACUUUUCCCUGAAGCAUUACUGCCCAUGUUUUUUCUCAGCCGCCUGUGGGGCCUUGACCUUCCGCAUGUUCUCAGUGUGGACUGGAGAUGGAGAGACUCUUCAGGCCUUGUUCAAAACUAAUUUCCCCACUGCUUUACCUUUCUACCCUCUGGAGAUCUUAUUGUUCGCUUGCCUGGGGCUGCUGUGUGGAGCCGUGAGCUGCUGUUAUCUCUUCUGCCAUCGGUGGAUCCUGCGAUUCACCAAAACAAACGGGAUCUUCGUCACGAUGCUGACGACAGAGAAGGCUCUCUACUCGGCCACGGUGGCCUUCCUCCUGGCAACUCUGACGUUUCCUCACUCUGCUGGUCAAUAUAUGGCUUCUCAGCACACCAUGAAACAGCUCCUCACCACAUUACUGGACAGCAGGCAGUGGAGCGCUCAAUCCCACAAUGCCUCUGUUGAGCCUUUGUUGGACUGGAGCUCAUCGGGGAGUCCUGCGUACCUCUCUUUGGCUGUCUUUCUGCUCAUGAAGAUGUGGAUGCUGGUCCUCGCCUGCACGCUGCCUCUGCCAGCUGGAUACGUCAUGCCAGUGUUUAUCUACGGGGCCGCUUUGGGUCGUUUGCUUGGAGAAGGAGUAGCUCACGUGUCCUCCACUGGACUGACUUCAGACCAGCAGUGGGCUUCUUUAAAUCCUGGGGGCUACGCACUUGCUGGUGCAGCAGCGUUCUCCGGAGCUGUGACACACACCUUGUCCCCAGUUCUCCUGGCGAUAGAGUUAACCGGUCAGUUCAGCCACGCUGUGCCCAUCCUCCUCGCCACUCUGACAGCCAAUGCAGUGGCUCGCUCCGGGAACCGCCCAUCUUUCUACGACGCACUCUCUGUUAGCAAGAGGCUCCCACACCUGCCCUCUCUGAUGAAGGCACGGCCCCGACUUCCUUCCACGCCAGUCGGACAGGUUUUGGGAGUGAAUUCGGUGAGGCUUCAGAAAGCAGCUGGGCCUGCAGAGGUUCAGCACGCUGUCAGCACCAGCACUGACACACAGAUCCCUGUGGUGGACUCCCUCGAGUCGCAGAUUUUACUGGGGUUUGUUCUCCGACCGCACCUGCUGAUGUUCCUGCGUCACAGCGAGGCCGAGACUCUGGAUAAACGUCUGGAUGAGGUCUGCUGCAUUCAUCCCACCUCGGCCCUGUUAUCACCACACAACACCAUUCAGGAGGCGCACAGCAUCCUGAGUGUGGUUGGAGCAGAGACACUGUUUGUAGCAGACAGAGGAAGACUGGUGGGGCUCAUCACAUGGCCAGAGAUGAAGAGAAUAAUCGAGGACUUGGCCAAAGAAAUCUAAGCAGUGACUCACAGGAGCACAUCCCUUGACCCCUUUUUUUUUU